AUGAAGCAUACAAAAACUUUUGCAUAUAAGUUCAAUGGAAAACACUUAAAUGAUAACACGAGUACGAAUAAAAAAGUCUCUAUCGCUGUCAUAAAACAACUCUAUUUAAAUUUAGAGGAUCACCAAGAUGAUAAAAUUUAGAAUAUAUAAAAGAGCAUAUGCGAUUCUCAGAAUCAAGUAUAUUAUUCAAUGUAUUUAAUUAAACAAAUGCAUAAAGGUAAAAAGAAUGUGAUAAUGAUAUUAAGAGCUCAAAGAUGAACAAAUCGAAAUUGAACUAUAAAAAUUAGAUGUACCCAAAAUACUUGAAUUUAUUGUGAAAGAUGAUCCAGAAAAAUUAGAUCCAGUCAAAUAUCUUUAAAAACUGAAUGAAAACCAACUAUCAUAAAUAGGUGUGCCAGAAACACUUUAAGAGUUGAUAAAAAAUUCUCCAUAGAAGUUAGAUCUAGCCGAAUAUCUUAAAAAGUUGAAUGAAGAAGAACUGUUAAGCUUAGGUGUCCAUCAAAUACUUUGUAAAUGGAUCAAAGAUGAGAAAUAAAAGUUUGUUUUCGUCAAAUGUCUUUAAAAGUUGAAUAAAGAUGAAAAAAAAUAUUUAGGAAUACCAAAAAUACUUUAAAAGUGGAUCAAAGAUGAUCCUUCAAGGUUUGAUCUAGUUAACUAUUUUUAAAAGUUGAAUGAUUAACAAUUAUCAUAAUUAGAUGUACCCAUAACACUUUAUGAGUUGAUCAAAAAUAAACCUUAACAAUUAAAUCUAGUCAAAUAUCUUUAAAAGUUGAAAGAUGAUGAACUAUCAUAAUUAGAAGUACCCAAAAUACUUUAUAAGAGGAACAAAGAUGAUCAAUAAAAAUUGAAUAACAAUGAAUCAUUUAAGAAAAGACGAGCCAAUAUUACUUUUUCAUAGUAUUGCUUCGUUGAGAAGUAAUUUCUAAAUAAGUUGAAUGAAUUCAAAUUUUACAAAGAUACAUAAUUGAGAUAAAUGGCUUAAUGGCUAAAAGAUAAAUAUUAGAAAGCACUUACAUUCCUGGAUGAUUUAACAGAUCGAGACAAUUAAGAAUUAAGAUAAUAGUUGUUUCAGCUUUAUUCGAUUUUCAAUUAGGUAAUAAACGAUUUAGAUAAAACUAGUAUUUGUUUUAAAAUAAUUUUGGUCUUAUUCUAUUACAAUAAAAUUUCCACCCUUAAUAUAAUCAGUUAUAGCAUUGCACAUCAAUAAUUUAAUCUAUGUUUUGUCAAGGUAUUUGUAUUAUUAAUAACGAAGAUUAUGAAAAAAACAUCAUUUUAGAUUUCCCAAAAUUUGCCUACAUAAGCUUAACAGGCCAUGAAUCUUAAGACAACUUGUAUUUUUUUUAAGAUUUCAAUUCCUACUACAAAAAUUUCUAUUUAUACUUUUCAAUUUAUAAUGGAAAAACACAUAAAGGUUUCAAAGAAUGUAAUAGAUCAACAACUAUUCCAUAUUAUAAUGAGGUUAAUAUUAUCUCAGAAUUUGAGAUGAAAUUUAUUUUUAAUAAUCAUAUAAAGAAUAAGCUCAUAUAAUUCAAACCAACAAUUAUUUAUGUUCAUGUGUAAAACAAUGAAAAAUUUUCAAUUAAUUUGACUGCUUUAACUAAAUUUAUAAGAAAAUUAAAGAAGAUUUGUACAGUUGUAAUUUAUAUUAAAUAUGAUGUUGAGUCUGAAAAUUUAGAAAACUCAACAUUAGAGUUUAUGAGAACAGUUAAUGCUUGUUUGUUUGGACUCUCAGGAAUUUAAUGUAGAACAUAAAAAACAUUAAUCCAAUUAGAUUAAGAUAUAGAGAGUAUAAAAGUUAUAAUUGAAUCUUUAAAUUAAGUUUAACUUAAGAAUUAUAUGCACAUCUAAUUAUUUUUCUUGAAAAAAUAAUUAUAAAAAUUGAUUGAUUUACAAAAUCAACAUAAAAUUGUUUUGAUGGGGAAUAAUAAGAAUUAUAUAAUCGAAUAUAAGGACAAAUAAGAUAUCAAAAUAGAGUUUGAGAGAUUAGUCAUUUCAUAUUAACACAACAUAAUUAUUUUAUUAGAUUUUAAGAGUUAAUAGUUCUAUUAUCAUCAUUUUUAAAACUUACAAGAGGAAAACAAUUUUUAAGGUGAACAAAAUCAGUUUUAAAAUAUUAAAAUAAAAUUGUAAUAAUUUGUAAAUAUCAACUUAGUAAUAAAUUUAAGGAAAACAAAUAUAUAUAAGGGAAAAUGUUAAAUGCAGUAGUAAUAAUAAAUUAAUCAUAAAUCUUAUUUGCUUGUCCACUCUUUGAAAAUUUAAAGUAAGAUGAAAUGGAUGUUAUUUGGGUGUAUUCUUUAGAUAACAAUAAUUGGGAUUCGAUUAAGAGAGAGCAUGACAAUAACGAACAAUAUAAUGACAAAUAUUUUGAGCAACCUAUAGAAACACCUGAUAAGAUAUCUGAUAAGUAAUAAAAAAUUGUUGGCCAAACAGUUUGUUAUUAGCCACAUAUUUAAUAGAAUUUUAAAGGUUAUGAUAUUUAUAGUUUAUUUGGUGGCGAAUUAAUCGAGUAACUUUUUAUUUAUAUAUAGUUCCUUUAAACCUGUGAAUUCUAUUUAAUACUUAUUUGUUAAUGUAGAAAAAAAGGUAUUUUACUCUAAAUUUAUAAGAAGAUCAUUAAACCCAUUUAAAGGGUCUCUUAAGCCAUCUCCGUAUUAGUUAGUUUUACCAAUUAAGAAUAUUAAUUAAUUCGAAAUAAUAGAAUGCGCUUAUUUAAUUUUAAGACCCUGGAAUCAAACAAAAAAUAAUUAUUAUGAAACAAUGCUGAACCCUAGUAAUGCUACUAAAGCACAGUUAGUGAUAUUUUUGAAGAAAAGCUAAUCAACUAUUUUUCUCGAUAUUGCAUAUAAGAUUUCCAAAAACUCUAAAUAUUACCUUAAUAUUUUGGAUAUGAUGAAUUAAGAUGUGAAUUGGAUGGAAAUUUAGGGUUAAGUUGAAAAGAAUUCACAAAUCAACAAAUGGCAAUGGAAAGCAGUUUUUACUAAUUUUAUAAAAUUCAAAAAUUGGAAGCGUAUAAAUAAAAAUUAAAAUUAAAAAGAGAAUACCAAAAAUAAAGGAUAAAAUAAAGAAAUAGAGGGUUAAGUCAAAGAUAAUUAAAAACCUUAUAUUGGAUUGAAUCAAGAAAAAAAAAAAAAUAUUCCUUAAGAUGAAAAAUAAAGGAAAGCUAUUCCAAUACAUCAUAAUAUUUCGAAUGGAACUAUAGUAUCACUUUAAUUUACUAUCACAUUAAAAUAUUAUGAAGAUGAAAAUUUUAAUUAGGGAACUGGAUUAGAGAGUUUACCAUUUACUAAUAAAGAUUGGUUAGUUGAAACAGAUAUUUCUCGGGAUUGGAUAUAUAAGUAAGGUGAAUGA